AUGGCAGCCUACGGAAAGCAAGCUCUCGUACAAAAUACAUUUUUAUGGUUUAUUGCCGCGAUUUAUCUCUUUGCUUUCUCCUCUUUUUACAUACAGAUACCAGGUAAAUACUGCAAUUUCAUUUCAUUUCCUUGCAUGAUAAACCUAAAUUGGGGAAUCGAUAGAAACGUUAACUUAUACCAUGACUUCUAAACAAUGCAGGUCUUUAUGGCAAAAAUGGUGUUCUUCCUGCCAAGCUUGCCCUGAGAGAAGGUACGAUGUUAAUUUAACUUCAUGGAAGCGUUUUCUUUUGUUUACAUAUAUCAACCAGAACUCAUCUAAAAUAUAGACGAACUGUUGGAGAAUAACUUACGUGCUGUGAUUCUCACCGAAGUUAAGUACGGGGAUGUUCCACCUCGAAAGGCAAGAAGAAGAAAUGUGUGGCAUUAGUGAGACUUUUCUGGUAAACUUGUUAAGAUGUACCAGUUAGAAAUGGUUACAGGCCUGUUGAUGAUUCAAAUCAAUCAGAUGUAAUGCAAUAAUUAAUAUACAUUUUGUAAAUUCAGAGAGUUCAUCUAUAGAAGAAAACUUCUGGCAAAAGCCUACCCUCCUGUGGCUCACCCCCAAGCUUGGAUUGGACACUCAGACUGGCAUGGAGCUUCUUUGUUUAGUGGGAAUGCUUCUUUCAAUGCUGGCCAUGUCAUUCAGAUCUUGGAGAGAUUCCAUUACAUUCUUUGUCCUUUGGUUUCUUUAUUAUUCUUUAUAUCAGGUAAAAACUCACUCAUUUAAGAAUCUCUAGGUACCAGAUGAUUGCAUGUAGUAUACCAGCUAGUCUGUAUUUGUAACACCAGUUCCAAUUUUUUUAUUACUAAAAUUAUAGACUUUAUUUAUACAAUAAACAUAUUACACAUGUACAUAUAUACAAUUAUUUACUUUAACCAUUUAUCCAUCUCUCUAUAUAAACAAACAAACAAAGAUCUCUCUAGGAACAUCCUUAAUAUAGAAGAGAAUUUGUUUAAUAAGUCAAGACAAUCUGAUUAUUAAUUUUGUAAGAUUUUUUGAGAAAGUACCCUGAUAAUCAUUCAACCAACAACAUCACACUUAGCUUGAAGGGGUAUUUAAUUCUAAACUUCAUUUAACAUAUAAUAAAAACUGUAAUACUUAUACAGUAGCCUUACAUCUCAAUGUAUGACCAUCGUAUAUUGAGAAGAAUGUCGCACAAAUUGAAUGUGAAACCUAAUUUCAUUUUCAGGUGGGACAAACAUUCAUUUAUUUCCAAUGGUAAGAUCAUAUUCAGUAACUGUUGAUUACAUAUCAACUACUGCAAACAUUGCUUUUCUUAUUCCAAUGCUCCUGCGCAACAUGUUAUAAACACACAUGGAUUAAAACUAAAAUGCUCACUUUGCACCUUAGAGAAUUCCACCUCCAGGCCCAAGUGAAAUUUUUCUUAGAGUGCAUGCAGCCUUGUAAAACAAUAACUCACUAAAAUGGAUGACAAUUACUUCAUUUUUUUUUUUCAGGGAUAUCCUUCUUUUGGAGACAGGAUUUUUAACAAUUCUUGUUUCUCCUCUGAAUUUGUUUAAAGCAAGAACUAAUUACAGGUAUACAUGCAAGCAUCCCUCCAAUAGUUUAUGUUGGACCAAACCCAGUGGACUUUGAGGGGGGGGAAGAGAAACAGUGAUAUUAUAUAUUGGAAUUGCUUAAGAAAGCCUUUUCCUGUAUAUUUUGUAGCCUGAGAGAAAAGCUCCCCUAGGAGUUGAGGGGAUGAACUCAAAAUUAUGCAGCUUUAAAAUAAUGUCAAAACUUAAACUGAAGAGAUAUGGAUUGCAUACUAACUUCAAAAAUGCUGUGAUUGAAACAAUGAGCUUUGACUGCUAAAUUGCAAUAGACCUAAGUUAAAGCUCUUUGCCAUAUCCUGUCAUGUGUUUGGGAAUUUCUUAAAGAGCUGAACAAUCCUUAUGGAAAACUGCAAAUGGUAACAAUAGAAUAGACUAAUUUUGUCUUUGAUAUAUUGAAAUUCAGACCUGGCCCUGAGGAUUUUGGAAAUGGAACAAAAGAAAUAAAAUCAUCUUGCAGCGCAUUAAUGAAUGUCAUAGCGGAGCACCAUGCAUGGGUGAGAAAAUUUGGUCAUCCAUGCAUCUAAGAAAUUUUGGUAGUCAGGUGACUGUACACCCAUCCGUUCACACCACAGGCUAACCUAUUUGAAAUGAUAUAUUUCUUACUUUGUGUAGAGCCUGCAACCUCUGUUAUUUUUACUUGAUUAUAGACAUCCAUGCUAUGCAUGGUCAUUGUUGGUCACCUGGACUGUCUUAUAGAUAGAAAAAUCAACAAUAAAGCCAAGUCUUUUUUUUCCACUAAAUUUUAAUGUGUAUGCUGAUGUCUGUAACAGAAAAAGAGCUAGAUUGAGAGAUAAAAAAAAAACAAAGGAGAUGAAUUUUCGUUCAAAACAAAACAUUAAAUUUUUACAUGCUGGUGAUCAGAAAAUUGGAAAUGUUUGUGGCCAGUAAGGUAAAAAUGAGCAACAGUGAAAAAGAAAGCAGACAGGAACAUUGAAGUUUCAAAUACAUUUGUGAGAUUCUUACAACUGUACAACAUUUCCCUCAUAAAAUGUGUAACUAGAAAGUUUCACAUUGUAGCCUCUCAACAACAACUAUGCAAAGAAAUGUACAAAAAGUGUGUUCACAUGCAAAGUUGUUUUUUAUGCUAAUCAGACCCAUUGUACAUGUUGUUUUUUUUUUUGCCAUUCUUUUUGCCUUCACAUUUAGCAUUAUAUGAAUUUAUUUUUGUGUUAGUAGAUUAUAAGUAUAGUUAGCAAUUAAGAGCUUCGCUUUUAGCCCUUACUGAAUCAAUAAUUAUAUUACAUUUCUUUUGUUUUAUUCCUCCAAGCCUCAUAGCCAAGUAUGAAUUUUAAUAUAUUGAAACUCAUGGUCUUUUACUCCUCCACUACAUGUACAGCUGUAGGCACUUUUCACAAUUUUAAGAGAUAGUCAAGAUAGUCAAUUGUGAUGUUUAUAGCCCGUUCCAGGCUUCCAGAUAAAGAAGGGAUCAGUGAGAGCAUUAGCAAGUAAUCAUGUGGGGUCUGCUACUCUUCUUUUCACAGAUCAUAUACAUCUUAUUUUUGCUUGACCUUUUGUUUGCAAAAUCCCUGUACUAGCCUGGAGCAGUACAUGUUUAAGCUCCAGUGUUUAUGAACAAUUUAUCAAAUUUGUCAUUAAUCGGUGAUCUAACCAAAACGAGUUUGCACCAUUGUCUGCUGCACAGCAGCAGGUUGAUGUGCUAUUGCAACCUCAAAAUAAUGUUUGCCUGCAGGCAUUUCUGAACUCUGCCUGAUUUCACACCUACCCCUACUGGAAGACCUGUUCACAGCUGGCCACUUGAUACCAGAAGCAGGGCUCGAAAUUAAUUUUUUGGAUAACUAACCCUUCGGGUUAGUGGACAUAAAUAUUACUAACCAAAUUAUAAAGUUUAUUAUCCAAGAAUCUGUUCUUUAACUAUUGAAAGUACUGCUACUAAAUGGGGCAACUCAAUGAAUGGAUGGAUUGGUUCAAAUUUAAUGAUGAACUGCAGAACGAAAUAAUGAUAUAGAAAAUUUACUGCUCGUUUACAUUUUCCUUUUAAUUACGUUACGCGAGGGUGGGAAAAUCACCAUAAACACUGAAAACGUUGUUUGUUGAGGCUCAUCGAACUGCAGCCAGGUGAAUGCCUUUUUCGAUUCCUGGCUUGGUAGAAAGAUCUUUCUUUCUUCAUACGUUCUCCUCGCGGGAGCCUUCUUUAGUGUUUGAAACUGAAAGUUGUUGUUCUCGAUCUUCCAUUUCCUCUUCACAAAUUNAAAUUAAUUUUUUGGAUAACUAACCCUUCGGGUUAGUGGACAUAAAUAUUACUAACCAAAUUAUAAAGUUUAUUAUCCAAGAAUCUGUUCUUUAACUAUUGAAAGUACUGCUACUAAAUGGGGCAACUCAAUGAAUGGAUGGAUUGGUUCAAAUUUAAUGAUGAACUGCAGAACGAAAUAAUGAUAUAGAAAAUUUACUGCUCGUUUACAUUUUCCUUUUAAUUACGUUACGCGAGGGUGGGAAAAUCACCAUAAACACUGAAAACGUUGUUUGUUGAGGCUCAUCGAACUGCAGCCAGGUGAAUGCCUUUUUCGAUUCCUGGCUUGGUAGAAAGAUCUUUCUUUCUUCAUACGUUCUCCUCGCGGGAGCCUUCUUUAGUGUUUGAAACUGAAAGUUGUUGUUCUCGAUCUUCCAUUUCCUCUUCACAAAUUUUGGGCAACGACCUUUUUCUGAAAAAACUAUCCAAGCAUCUCUUAAAUAGGUUGCAGGGUAUGAACGAGCCACUUGCAAAAGAUAUAUUUUUUAGGCUGCGUCCAGAUCUCCCCACCCAUUUCAAAAGCCUGGUUACCUUGAGUUCUGUGAAAUGUGCAUUUUUUGUUCUGUCAAUUAUGCUGUAAGCAUAUCUUUUAGAACAAUAAAUUGAUCAAGAUAGAACACAAUGUUAUGUAAAAAAGAAACAGGUGUAACAUUUUCAAUGACAGAAAGUUUUACUAACCGUGUCGGGAUAGUAAGGCUCAUUUUUAGUAACCAAACGCUAGAAACUACUAACCUUUGGUUAACGGGUUACCGUUAAUUUCAAGCCCUGAGAAGGAUACUGUCUAAGGGCAUCAUUACCAUAGGACUACACUGUGUCAUUGCCAACUGACAAAGUCAUUUUGAGGAUGUCAUCCAGCGUAGGGUGUUACCCAAUGAUAUAUAUCUACCAACCUGAUUGUGUCAUUUCUUAGCUCAACAUGUAUGAUCUCUAGCUAGCAGGGUGUGGUUCUAAGGAUUAUCACCAUUAAGGUCUCUUUCCCAUGGUAUCUAUCCUAUGGUAUCCUAAUAAGGUUUGUUCCCUGGGCAUCGUCCCAAGGGUAUCAUUUUAGAGUGUCAUCCCAAGAGUAUCGAUCACUAUAUAUGUAUACAUUCCCUAUAGAUCCCAGGUCAUCAACAGACUGGAAUCAUAAGCAUAUUGAUAUAACAAUAAGAAAAACAUAUAAUACAGUAUAACUGAAACAAUCAACUUUAGACGAAGAAAACUGCUAUCAAUGAACGCAGUUCCUGCUAAAACCCUGGGUUGUUAUCAUCUUUGUAUCACUGAGUCUAUGAUCCGGUCAGUAUAAAAGAUGGACUGCGGACUACGGACUGCGGACUGGGUAUAAAAUAUGGACUAGGUAUAAAACGCGGACUAGAAAAUACGGACUGGGUAUAAAACACGGACAAGGUAUAAAACACGGACUGCAGACUGCGGACUGGGUAUAAAAUAUGGACUACGGACUACUUUGGUAAAAACCGUGCAAAUUGGUUCUAGGUAAGGAAAAACAAGAUCAAAAGAUCGCUAAAUAGCAAGACACAUGAGUUAAAGUUGUAAAUACUCUUAUAAAUCCUUGGUGGAGGUGUCCCGCCCAGUUCUCUGAAUCAUGAGCCGGAUCAAAAUGCUAUUUUCUUCACCCAUUUUUAGACCUUGUCUUGGUCUCUAACAAUCAUGAAAGGGGUCAGGAUCAGGGUGGUACUCCCUUCUAUAAUGGAAGGGUAGGGGGUUUGGGCCUUUUUGGUCUGAAAACACUUUGCCCAUUUUGGUCUGGAAUCGGGUAUGGUUUUCGAGGGAACAACGGGAGUGACAUGAAUGGACGUAUUUAUCGUUUCAAUUCCAAAUGAAUAAGAACGAAAUAGAAAUGUGCGAAUUCGAAAUGUAUUUGGAGAAUUUUUUUUUGUUUCCGCUCUAACUUGGUAAUGAUGACAAAAUUUCUGCCUAAUUAGACCUAACCUGUUCAAGGCUCUGAGAUAGUUGGGUCCGCUGAAUUGAGAAAGCGAAAACACAAAAAAAAAAAAAAACGGGAGAAAACUGGGGAGUCUCCCCAACUACCUGAGAACCUGGAACAGGCUAAAUUAGGCCAGGUCCGAAAAUGGGUAUGGAUUUUAGAGAUCUAGUCUGAAAACGGGUGUGGAAAAUGACAAUUUUUUGGUCUGCAAUAAAGUCAGGAUUCGGAGAACCAGGCACUACACCCCCACCAAGAAUUCCCAGUAGUACCCCCUUCCGGGGAUCAGGAGCAGGGUGUAAAUCAUGUCAUCAUAAUCAUCGCUUAGAAUAUAACAUUGGAUGACUCAUUUCGGUUAUUAUUCACGUAUGUGAGUAUAAUCCCUCGCACCUAAAUACUGCCUUUGUGCAUCGCAUUGACCUUCUCAUCUGAGUUCUUCAUUCAGUCCUCAUAUUCCCAAAGCUUUAUUUGAAACGGAAUUGUGGCAUAAGAUAAGAAUUUUACUGGUGUGACUAGCACCAAUACUAUUUUUUUAAUUCGGUGCUUCUUAUUGGGUAAAACUGCAAAUUGAAAUCUCUUCAAACUCCUUCUUUUUAUAAAAUUCAGAGUUUAAUUUCAGUUGCCUUGAGUACCGGCAUAACCUUCCUUCUCCGUGGGAAAAAUAGACUACGUGAACAGUGUUAAAGCUGAGACUACUGUUUUUGCUAGUCCGCUUUCUAUUUCUCUCCGUUUUACCUUCUAAAGCUGUUUUUAUAUACAUAGUCCGUAGUCCGCGUUUUAUACCUAGUCCGUGUUUUAUACUCAGUCCGGAGUCCACAUUUUAUACCUAGUCCGUAUUUUAUACCCAGUCCGCAGUCCGUGGUCCGCAGUCCGCAGUCCGUGUUUUAUACUGACCGGUCUAUGAUCUCCCUACCAAGAGUAGGCCAUUUGCAAGCUGCCCCAAUCCUCUGUUUUAAAGAGAGCCUAAGUGCUCAGCUUUUGAUAUGAAAAUGAUUUUUUUAUUCUCGUGCAAAUAUAACUCAUUUUCACAAGAAAGGUUUUUCACUUAGCCUCAUUUGAAAGUGAGAGUUUUUGGAGCUCGGAAAUGGCCUAUUAAUUUUCUUGUUGUCAGUGAAUCACCCCUUGACCGUCACUUGCUGGAUCAGGUUUCAGAGACACCAUGACAACAUAACUUUGUGGUUAGUAAAGUGGCUUGCUUUUAGACUGAUGUUCUGUUCUGGAAUUGUCAAGCUGUCAAGUCGAUGUCCUACAUGGUGGAGAUUAACCGCACUUGAUUGGCACUAUGAAUCACAUGUACAACUAGUG